AUGGAUGGCAACAACUGCACUAUGGUGGAUGAAUUCAUCCUUCUGGGCUUUACAGAUCAGUUAGAACUCCAGAUCAUCCUAUUCGUAGUCUUCCUUCUGGUUUACAUUAUCAUCCUGGUGGGAAAUACUGGACUUAUUGUAAUACGAAGGACUGAUUCUCAUCUUCAGACACCAAUGUACUUCUUCCUCAGCAAUUUGUCCUUCCUCGACAUGUGCUAUUCCUCCAUCAUUAUCCCCAAGCUUUUAGUGGACUUCUUAUCAGAUAGGAAAACAAUUUUGUAUUCUAGGUGUAUGACCCAGUUGUAUUUUUAUGCUGUUUCCGCAACUACAGAAUGUUAUCUCAUAGCUGCUAUGGCAUAUGAUCGCUAUAUAGCUGUCUGUAAUCCCUUGCUCUAUACUGUCAUCAUGUCUCGUAGACUAUGUGUUUGGCUGGUAUUGGGGUCCUAUGCGUUUGGAUUUCUCAAUGCAACUAUACAGACAAGUUUUACCUUAAAAGUGUCAUUCGAUGGCUCCAAUAUCAUCAACCAUUUCUUCUGUGACUGGCCACCUUUAAUCAAGUUGGCCUGCUCUGAUAUUCAUGUCAAUCAAAUCCUCGUUUUUGUUGUUGUUGGAUUUAAUGAGGUUACCACCACAUGCAUAAUCCUCCUCUCUUACGGGUGCAUCUUCUGUACCAUCCUCAGGAUACAGACCACAGAGGGCAAGCGCAAGGCUUUCUCCACUUGCACGGCACAUCUGACUACCGUUAGUUUGUUCUAUGGAGCCCUUCUCUUUAUGUAUUUGCGGCCCAGCUCCAGCUUCUCCCUGGAGCAAGAUAAAAUUGUUUCCGUGCUAUACACUGUGGCAAUACCCUUGCUCAAUCCUUUGAUAUAUAGCCUCAGGAACAAAGAGGUGAAAGUUGCCAUAGUGAAAGCAAGGGAAAGACUCAGAAUGUCAAAAUAA